GGCUUUGUUAUAAUUAUAUAACUCAUGUUGGAAGUUUAAGAACUUUAGGAUGAAUUUAAUAGUGUCAAAUGUAUAUGUAAAAGUUUUAAUUCUGAUAUUUUGCACACAAGAUCUAAAUGGGUCUCGUGUUAAAAGAUAUCUCUUGGACAGUUCGCCUUUACCUCAAAAUGUAUACACAGGCCCAUAUCAGUGGACAUUAUGGACAGCUUGGUCAAACUGCGACGGAAAUUGUUUAAUUAAUGGAGGGAUAGGAAACAGGAUUCGAGAACGAUUUUGUGACGACGGAGACGAUUUCGUAAAAAUACAUCACUGCCAAGAUCCAUACACUGGCGAUUCCGAUGACACAAUUAUAGUUAAAAGAUAUAAAAGGUCAGAAGAUGGACAUGAGGACAAACAUACUGACUUUGAAUUUCAAACUUGUCAACUUAAUUGUACUCAUAAUGUCAAUGUGUGGGAUAAGUGGCAAGCGUGGACAACGUGUAGUGUUUCAUGUGGUGAUGGUACGAGGUCAAGGUCACGACAGUGUAGCACCGGAUCGGACUGUACCGGACUAAGUAUUGAUAUCGCCACAUGUACAGAACAGUUGUGUUCAAUUAACGGGGGAUGGAGCGGUUGGACUGAGUUUGGAGAAUGCUCACGAAGCUGCGGAAACGGUGUUACUUUCAGAACGAGGCAGUGCAACUAUCCCGUUCCUCAAAAUGGCGGACUAGACUGUACCGGAAAUACACAAGAAGUUAAAGUAUGCAAAAAAUCGGACUGUCCUAUAGAUGGCGGCUGGAGUGGUUGGUCAGAGUUUGGAAAAUGCUCACGUAGUUGCGGAAACGGUGUAACGUUCAGAACGAGGCAGUGCAACUAUCCAGUUCCUCAAAAUGGCGGACAUAAUUGUUCGGGAAGUUCACAAGAACCCAAGGCAUGCCAAAAAUCGGCCUGUCCGAUAGAUGGUGGAUGGAGUGUUUGGUCAGAGUUUGGAGAAUGCUCACGCAGUUGCGGAAUCGGUGUAACGUUCAGAACGAGGCAGUGCAACUACCCAAUUCCUCAAAAUGGCGGACGUAAUUGUUCGGGAAGUUCACAAGAAUUCAAGUCAUGCCAAAAAUCGGCCUGUCCGAUAGAUGGUGGUUGGAGUAAUUUUACAAAUCUGACAUGCAGCGCCACCUGCGGCACGGGGGUUAUGACGUCAUUCCGGACAUGUUCAAAUCCCAAACCGGAAUAUGGUGGAAAAAAUUGUACAGGGGUAUCACAUACGUUUAGCCGCUGUCACGUUCGCGACUGCGUGGUAAAUGCAUGGUCGUUAUGGUCGGUAUGGAGUGACUGCAGUGUAACAUGCGCAUCUGGAACAAAGUCGAGAACACGGACAUGUUUAUCAGCAGUUGGCUGUAUUGGUGAUUCACACGAAAAAGACACAUGCUCGAAGAAUCCGUGCCUUCAAUGGCUUCAUAUUGUAGACGGGCAUUGGAGUGAAUGGUUAGAAUGGACGUCUUGUAACGCUAGUUGCGGAAAUGGAACCCAGUCAAGAACGAGGCUUUGCAACAGUCCUGCACCACAAAAUGGCGGCCAGAAUUGUAAAGGAACUAACAGAGAAACGCAAACGUGCUUUUCAAAACAAUGUCCUAUAGACGGUGGUUGGAGCGUUUAUACCACCUACACAUGCAGCGUCACAUGCGGGCGUGGCCAGCAAAUCUCCCUUCGGGAUUGUAACAACCCUUCUCCCCAGUUCGGUGGGAAAGACUGUGAAGGACUGUCGCACAAAAUCACUGAAUGUAACCUGACGCCGUGUGCUAUAGAUGGUUCAUGGGGAGUAUGGUCUAACUGGACGUCUUGUAGUACUAGUUGCGGAAGUGGUAGACAGACGAGAGCAAGGCUAUGCGAUAGUCCCUCUCCACAAUAUGGCGGAUAUAAUUGUUCCGGAAAUAACACACAAACACAAUUAUGUCAUAAUCCUGAAUGUCCAGUUGACGGUGGGUGGAGUGAUUAUCUCAAUAUCUCAUGUAGCGUCACGUGUGGGCAUGGUCAGCUGGUAUCUAUCAGGACAUGUACAAAUCCGUCACCACAGUUUGGUGGCAGAGUUUGCCAAGGAUUGUCGCACCGACUGACAGAAUGCAACAUGCCAGCUUGUGCCAUAGAUGGAAACUGGUCCAACUGGUCGCAGUUUACAUCUUGCGGGUCUGUUUGUGGAGACGGAUACACUUGGAGGUAUCGCACUUGCUCGAACCCUGCGCCACAAAACGGCGGCAAAAACUGCACAGGAAGCUCUGAGCAACGACUUGCGUGCAAUAACGGACCUUGUCCUGCGGUACCAGUACUUUUCAUCGUUUCAGGUGCAGAUGCGUCCCGCAUUAAGAGGUUUUUUAUAAAUGAUCUUAGUGUUGCGCCAACGGUAGAUACAGGACCGUACCACUGGUCUCAGUGGUCGUUAUGGACAAGCUGUAACGGCACGUGCAAUGAUAAUGGAGGAUUGGGCAAGCAGAGCCGAUCACGGUGGUGUAGUGAUGAUGACGAUGUUGUCAAGCUUAGACAUUGUCGAAACCCUUAUCAGUCUGAUGAUACACCAGUUUCUCAAGGAAAAAUACUUGAACGUACAGACGUAGUGUUGGAAGAUGGUACCAGUUCUUCACAUUCGGCUCAACAUUACAGAGAGUACGAGUACCAGUCAUGUGUCGCUCAAAAUUGUCCAGUAAAUGGUGGUUGGUCGUCGUGGGGUAACUACAGCUCUUGUUCGGUAUCGAGUGGAAAUGGUCACAUGACACGGUACAGACUAUGUAAUAACCCGACACCGGUAUACGGCGGACAUGACUGCAUCGGCUUGUCAUCUGAAUCGAAACAGUGCACAGUGAAUUUGUGGAGUAACUGGGGAUCAUGGAUACCGUGUAGUGUCUCGUGUGGCACGGGCAUAAGGUUACGAUCAAGACACUGUUCAACAGGCUCCGAUUGCGUCGGCGCUACAACCGAUGCCGAAACCUGUAUGGAAACAUCGUGUUCUGUAGAUGGUGGAUGGGGCGCUUGGACAGAAUUUGGAGCAUGCUCACGAAGUUGCGGAAACGGCGUUGCGUUCAGAACGAGGCAGUGCAACUUUCCAGUUCCGCAGAAUGGUGGACUCAAUUGUACCGGAAGUUCACAAGAUUUCAAAGCAUGUAUACAAGGGACUUGUACAAUAGAUGGCGGAUGGACUAGUUACCAGGAUAUGCCGUGCAGUGUUACCUGUGGCCUUGGAGUUCUGACGUCAUUCCGAACAUGUACGAAUCCAGUGCCGGAAUAUGGCGGGAAAAAUUGCACCGGAGAAGCCUAUACAUUUAAACGUUGCAAACUUCAAGACUGUCUUGACGGUUCGUGGAGCCAGUGGAGUAAUUGGAGUGACUGUAGCAGUACAUGCGGAAAUGGUACUCAGAUCAGAACGAGACUGUGUAACAAUCCCGGACCGCAAAAUGGCGGUUUGGACUGCCCCGGACUGAGCAUAGAAAGCAUGACCUGCAAUGUGAAACAUUGUCCAAUAGAUGGAGGCUGGAGUGAAUUCCAAAACUUAUCGUGCAGUGCCACGUGUGGUAAGGGGGCGGUUUUGUCAUACAGGGCAUGCAACAAUCCAACCCCUCAAUAUGGUGGAAAGGACUGCGUUGGUUUAGUACACCAGAUACAUGAGUGCAGUCUGACACCUUGUAAAUUAGACGGUUCAUGGGGAUCAUGGUCAAACUGGACUGAGUGUGGUAGUAGUUGCGGAAACGGUACCCAAACCAAAAAGAGGCAGUGCGACAGUCCUGCUCCACAGUAUGGCGGACAAAACUGCAGUGGCAAAGAUAUUGAAACGCAGCCUUGUUUUGUUACAGAAUGCCCUAUAGAUGGCGGCUGGAGUGAUUUCCGCAACGUCUCUUGUAGUGUUACAUGUGGGCGCGGUCAGGAAAUUGCAAUAAGAGAUUGCAAUAAUCCCGCCCCUCAGUUCGGGGGCAAAGACUGUGUUGGCCUUUCACAUCACAUCACUGAGUGUGCCAUGCCUUCAUGUGCAGUAGAUGGUAACUGGUCAGAGUGGUACCUGGCAGGACAAUGUGGAUCCAUGUGUGGUGAUGGCUACACGAUAAGGUACAGGACCUGUUCGAACCCAGCACCUGAGAAUGGAGGUCAGAACUGCACCGGGAAUCAUGAGGAGAGAUUAGCGUGCAAUAAUGGACCAUGUCCUGCAGAUGUGCCCAUAUGUGAUAAAUCUGCGGUUACAGACACUUUGAAAAUACAUACAUUAUUUGCGCCAACACGAGCUGGACCAUGUAGCAACAUGGACUAUAUACCGGAGGAAAAUAUGCUCAAAAAUCUGUGUGGUGCACCGUCCGACACGAACGUGUGGGGAGUCAGUAAGGACGUACGGACGAAUUGUGAAAACAUUCCUCUUUACAGCCCGAUAGCAAAGGUUCAUCGUGAAUACAAAACGAGGAAUUAUGGGAUAUUGCUGGACUGUUAUCAGUCACAAUUGAAGUUUGCAACGGAGACCUGUGAAGACGGUGUACAUGAAGUAGAUAUACGUUUAGACGUUGCAGAUGAGUGGGACUAUUUUACAAUGACGUGGUAGAACCAAAAGAAAACAACUGCGCCUAGAAAAGAGUUCGAAAUGAUUUAAACGCCUAUCAACUACGACAGUGCUGAUACAUUUUAUAACUGUAUGAUUUGAAACUUAAUCUUCUGUUAUAUUGUUGUUUUAAGGUAGUGGACCCGUCAUGACACUCGGCAAUUUCCGUGUUAUCACGUAUUCUCGAUAUGCCAUUCGGCAAUCUUCGUAUACAAUAUCUUUCCGUAAAACCGGAAAGUGCCGAAAUCGCUUUCGUAGAAGACGUAAUUUGCCGGUUGUACUAUCUUUUCGUUAUAUAUAUAUAUACAUAUGUACUGAUCUCAUAUAAAUGUGCUUAAAUAGUUGUUCUGUAGAUUCACUAUUCCUAUAUUGUGUGUAUUUUGUACUGAUCUCACUAAACAGGGAAUGUUUAAUUUGUUAAGUAGUAUCUGGAAUAUUAACUUUCUUCAUGUGAACUUUUCUUUUUUAGUUGCAUGUUAUAUAUAAUUUACUGAUGUAUCAUUUAUAUAUGUCUUACUGAAUUUGAAUUGGUCGAAUCCCUAUGUAAAAUGUACGACAUUUGACAAUGAUUAUGAUUUGACAUUCAGUCAUGUGGCAUACCUGUAUGUCGUCAUUCAAAAAUGCAAUUCUGUGUGUUUUGAACUUAUGCCAGUUAUGUGUAAACUUUACAGUCAUCACUGCGUUAACAUUGACGUACUGGAAUAAACCGUAUCACGUCAUCAAGUAAUCACGUUGACGUAAUAUUAUGAUAUCAUUUAGGCCUGUAAAAUUGCAGAAGCAGAGUUUUCUGCCUAGGAAUAAAAUUAACUGCGACAUAUUUUUUUCUUAUUUUCUUUUCAGUUUUGUUUUUGGUGUAAUUUCUAUUGAGAUGCAAAAUCCAGCUGAGUCCUUUAUAACAU